AUGGCCAGCGCGUCGUGCCUCGCAAAGGUGAACCUGCAGCCGUCGCCCUGCGCUGCAGGUCUCAGAAGCCAGACCGCUGACAGCGCGUCCUUGCGCAAGAGCGUCGCGGUGCAGUCAUGCGGAGUGCGGAGGGGAGUGAGCGUGCGCGCGCAAAAGGACGCGGAGAGGGUUGGCGUGGCGGCGGCGGCCGUGGCUCUGACGGCACAACUGACGACCGCAAAUGCCGCGCUGGCCGUGGACGCGGACCAAGUCCGGGAAACACUCGCCCAGGUGGAGGAAUUGGCAAAGCAGACUGCUGACCUGGCAACCAAGGUGUACAGCACGAGCAUCGACGUGGCAGAGCAGGUGGUGCGCGUCACCAAGCCGCUGGUGGAGGCGGCAGCGCCGGUGGUGAUCGAGGGCGCGCAGGAGGCGAUAAAGGCGGCGGCGCCGGUGGCAUCGGACCUGGCGGAGAAGGCGUCCAAGGCGCUGCAGGACUCGGGCGUCGACGUCGCGCCCGUCGUCGAGGCCGCUAAGACGGCGGUGAGCGUGGCGGACGGAGUGAGCGACAGCACGGGGCGCGCGAUCACGGCGGUGACGCCGUACGCGACGAGCACCGUGGACCUCCUCACCUCCGCCGACCCCACCGCGCUCUCCAUCGCGGCGGGCGGGCUCUUCGGGCUGUACUUGCUGCUGCCCUCCAUUGGCCGCAGCAUCGCCUACUCCUUCCGCGGCUAUGCAGGCGACCUGACGGCAGCGCAGGCGUUAGACGUGUUGGAGAGGGAGGACAGCGUGCUGGUGGACGUGCGCUCAGAGGACCAGAAGCUCUCCUCCGGCGUGCCCUCGCUGCCCCGCGGCCUCUCCCGCAAAAUUAUCUAUGUCCCAGUGGAGGAGGUGCCAGUGGAGCUGCGCGACCAGCUGAAGAACCCGUUGGACACGGAGGCGGAGCUCACAGCCAUCAAGGUGGCCUCGCUCAAGAGAAUUGGCCGCCGCGCCAAACUCAUCGUCAUCGACAACGACAACGAGAUUUCAAAGCAGGUGGCGCGGUCGCUGGCGUCACUAGGCUAUCGCAACGUGUGGGUCGUGCGCGACGGCGUGGAGGGGCGGGCCGGGUGGGCGGCGAGCCAGCUGGCGAUCGACUCGUACGACGGGCCACCUACCAGCUGGUUCUCCGUGCCGUCUUACUCGCCGGGCGGCACCAGCAAGGAGCGCACCGGCACCCAGAAGCUCGGCACCCAGUCACGGCUCGGCACGCAGUCGGUGUCUGCAGCUGCCUCCACUGCUGCUGGGGAGGAGUAA